GGAGGAGCCAAGAAGAGAAGAGAAGUGUAGUGCAGCUUCAAUUAAUCGCACAAAACUAUCAAUUCUAGCUAUGGAUUUCCAUUGUUUCAACCAUGAAUUUGUUGUGUCAUCUUGGUGAAUACUAAGAAGAGUUGCAAGAUAGUGAUGGGGUAAGUGUUUAUGAUUGCAAAAUAUUCGAGUACAGAAUGUUUACUGAGAGACUGACUGGUGACGAAUCACUUACUCAAGAUUUCGAAGCGUUGAGCGUGUCAAAACGUCUCGUCAGAAGCGUUAGCCAGAAGUUGAGGAAGAAGAACAACCGAGGCAGAUUGGAGGAAGAGGAUGGUGUAAAGGGGGUAUCUUUGAGAUGUCUUACUUUGUAUAGUAGGGGUGCGGGCUGCAAAGUAGGAGCUGACACGGGUGAGGAAGUUGGAGAUCCGAGUAGCAGGAGGAGGUCAAGUGCCAGUGAUGAAGGCAAAGGGUACAAGCUGAUAUGUGGCCCCGAGGAAACUGGAGUUGAUUGCUUCUCAUACGGGGUGAAGGAGAGAUUUUGGAAGAAGCACAACAAAAAAGAUUUUGAGCUUGAAGAAUCCAUAAGAAAUUGUAGAAUGCAUAUAUUUCUUCCAGAUGACAUAUUGGAGAUGUGCUUAGUUAGGCUCCCACUGACCAGUCUCAUGACUGCACGUCUUGUGUGCAAGAAAUGGAGACACUUAACUACCACUCCUCGGUUCCUGCAAAUGAGACGUGAAGGCUCACAUCAGAAUCCAUGGUUGUUUCUAUUUGGCGCUGUAAAAGAUGGCUAUUGCUCUGGUGAGAUACAUGCCCUUGACGUGUCCCUAGAGCAAUGGCACAGGAUGGAUGCCAAUAUUCUCAAAGGGAGGUUCAUGUUCUCUGUUGCCAGUAUCCAGGAUGAUAUUUAUAUUGUUGGAGGGUGUUCAAGCUUGACCAACUUUGGCAAGGUGGAUAGGAGUUCUUUCAAGACGCAUAAAGGGGUCAUAAUAUUUAGCCCCUUGACUAAAUCAUGGAGAAAAGUUGCACCCAUGAAGUAUGCAAGAUCUGUGCCUAUCUUGGGGAUUUCUGAGGUAAGUUCAGAUUUUUCUGUUGGUCAAAGCCAUCAGAUCCGGCAAGACAGACGCCCCAGAACACGGGUUGGUGGGGUAUCAGAUGUUUAUGAAGAUCCUCACAGGCUCUCUCUGAGGCGUCAAUACAGAAACACAGUUGAUGAAAAUGAGGCUUCGUUGCUGCCCAAUAGGAAGUCAUACAAGUUUGUUAGAACAAGAAGUGAUCUAGCAGGCACAAAGGGUGGCAGAAGGUUUGUUCUAAUUACCGUGGGCGGUCAUGGAUCUUGGGAUGAGCCUUUGGAUUCUGGAGAAAUAUAUGAUUCCCUGUCAAAUAAAUGGACAGAUAUCCAAAAGCUGCCAGUAGAUGUUGGAAUUAUUUGUUCUGGGGUUGUUUGUAAUGGGGUCUUUUAUGUUUAUUCCGAGACCGACAAGCUCGCAGGAUAUGACAUAGAAAGGGGUUUCUGGAUUCGUGUUCAAACCACUCCAUUCCCGCCGCGAGUUCACGAGUACUACCCGAAGCUCGUGUCCUGCAACGGCCGGUUGUUCAUGCUAUCUGUCUCCUGGUGUGAAGGGGAUGGUCAAAUAGGAAGAAGAAACAAGGCAGUGAGAAAAUUGUGGGAGCUGGAUCUCUUUUAUCUUACCUGGACAGAGGUUUCAGUGCAUCCUGAUGCUCCAAUGGACUGGAAUGCCGCCUUUAUGUCCGAUCAAAACCUGAUAUUUGGCAUAGAGAUGUUCAAAAUAUUUGGUCAAGUAUUGGAUUUUUUGACUGUAUGUGAUAUCUCGGGUAAGGGGAUGAACUGGAGUCACAUUUCAAGGAACCAUGUAACUCAUGAAUUUGAUGCUUCUUCGUGCAUGACUAAGUCCAUGGUCGUUCUACAUCUGUAAAGUCUUUUAUUCUUUCGCCAUCCAGAGCAUUUGACGUCCAUUCUUCCUCGUUCGAGAUAUAUAAAUCCAACUUGGCGAUUCCACUUUGAGGUGUUCAGUUCUCAUAUAGUGCAUUCGUAUCUUGGUGAUUACCCAUGAACUCAAAUUUCUUUAAUAAAGCUUUUAGUGGAGGUAUGUUUGCUCAUGUAAUCUUUGUAUUUAUUUUGUCCACCAGACAUUCAUUUAUUUUGCUGUUGUAAUUGAAGAUAAACCGUUCUUCACCUACUUUUAGUGCAUAAUUUUUUCUCUCA